GCUGGUUGUGUGGAAAGCGUUCUGGACUAUAGACACUAUGGUCCUGGACUCUGACCGUUGCUAUAUCAUGCCGUCAUGCAGGAGGCUAGGGUUAGGACGUCACAAUGUCAUUUCCAAAGGAACUUUCGAAACUUAUACAUCAUGAAAAUGUAAUCAUUUACACAUGAAUACCUUUUAAGAAAUAAAUAGCGUAGACUCUGAUCACUUCCUUCAUGGCAUGUUUGAAUUUUUGAAACAGAUAAACAGCAGCUCUGAUUGUAAGGUGUCUGCAGACUGGCUUCUGUAUGGAGUGUCUUUUUGGAGUGGUCAUAACUGAAGCAAAGGCAGCAGAAGUGUCGUGUUUUGUUUCAGGAAGCUAUGCACAGGUCACGUGUUCAGACAAAGACAAGAGAACUAAACAUGGACUGAAAGUAAAAGACAAAUUAGGUCCAAUUUACAAAAGUACCUAUAUUCCUGUGCUGGUGUACAUGGGUAUGACGGAUCAGUUCAAUGGACAGAUUAAUGCCUCAAGACCCACUCUUUGGAUAUCUCCUAAGAGAGAGGAAAUUAAGGUUAAUUUAUGGUCUGUGAGGGACGCUAUGCUGCCCAUAGCUACCCAAUUUAUCGUGUCCGCUUGCGUUAUCGUGAUGGCGUUGAGCCUUCAAAAGACACUAGCAUUUAGACACCAAUCAAGUAAGUUCAAAAGUGAUGUUUUACCCAAGAAUAAACUUGGCUACAAGAAAACACAUCGGCCAACUAAGCUUAUUGGUAAAGAAUUGCAGGCACUACAACAGGUUCUCUUCAUAGCCUUGAUUUUCAUCAUUUGCAACACUCCAAAGAUUGUGGUCAAUUUCACUCCCUACUUACUGCCAGACUUCGCACUGGGUCAGCUUAACCAGAACCUUUACCUGACUAGCAUAGGUGUCCUCUACUUAUUUCAGGUGAUUAACUCAAGUACUAGUGUACUUAUCUAUUAUAACUUCAGCUCUAAAUACAGAAAGCACUUCAGAAUUUGUUUUGGCUUGUUGUGAAGUGUCAGUGACAGCAUGUGUUCUAAAAAAAAUUCGGAAAAAAUGGAACUUGUCAAUUUCAGGUGAAAUCAAUCAAAUAUAAUAUUGCUUCAAAAUAAUGAAAAAAUUAAAUUUUAUAAAUUUUAAUUAUUUCAUAAAUCUGUUUGAGACGCAAUUCAUCGUAAAGACAUGUCAUAAACCCCCAAAACAACAUGAAAAUAGAAAAUGUGUAGGUCACAGCUGGGGCUGCGUAGCCACGGAAAUACUGCAUUCCUCAUUAAUCUUCGGACUCAAAGACAAGCCUUAUUAUUACUAUAAAACUGUUAAAUGACUUCCAAUAUCCAAUCAAUUAACUUAAUUAAUUUUAAGAUGUAUGUUAUCAAAAAAAAUAAACAAAAAGAAAGCUUACUUUUUCUUUAGAAAUCGCAGAAAGAAGAACUCUUUACCCAUACUGAGCUGUGAAUAAGUUUUGAGGUUUGCAAUUUCACGGCUGUGUGUUUAAGUUUAUUUCUAUUAUUUAUUUGAGAGCUAAUUGUCACCCAUAUUUUUUGGGUGCGUUACAUCAAUGUUUUCUAACUUAACCUCGCUCAUCCCUCUUUUUCCUUAACACUGUCUAUGGAUCCAUCAAAAAACGGAGGAUGCAUAGAGCAAAAACAAAUGGGAGUGUCAUCAAACGUCCAUGCCGACCAACAAAAUGAUUUGCCCAAACACAACCUCGAAGAUAUCAAAACAGUGUUGAAGCAGUGCUGAAGCCCAUACCGCUCGUACAUUGU